UUGGUCCUGGGCUUCUGUCGGCUCUUGGGAAGGGUCUUUCCGGCCGGUCGCCACCUUAGGUCCUUCUGCCAGCAGCUUCCGCCCUCUGUAACCUGGUGACCUGAGGCUCCGGGAGCCGUGGGAGGACGCCGGGCAGGACGCCCCGGAAGCCGGAAAUGGACUCAGUGACCUUUGAGGAUGUGGUCGUGAACUUCACUGUGGAUGAAUGGGCUAUGUUGGAUCAUGCCCAGCGGGAACUCUACAGAGAUGUUGUCGGGGAAAUCUUUAUGAGCUUGGCCUUUAUAGGGGAAAAAUGGGACCAGAACAUUGAAGAUUGGUAUAGAAAUCAGGGGAGAAAUUUAAGUAAUCAUAUUAUAGAGAGACUCAGAGAAAGUGAAGAAAAUAGUCAAUAUGGAGAAAUCUUCACCCAGAUUCCAGAUCAUAAUCUGAACAAGAAAAUCCCAAUUGGAGUAAAAUUACAUGAAUGUAGUGUGUGUGGGAUAGUCUUUAUGCCUCGUGUAUCCCUUAACAGUCCAAUCGGAUCCCACACUGGACAGGAAUUGUUUGAAUAUCAGGACUAUGAAGGAAAGCCAAAUAAGUGUAAGCAGUGUGAGAAAGCCUCAAGUUACUAUUGCUCUUUGCAAAUUGAUGACAGCAGUCAUGUUGGAGAGAAACCUUAUGAGUGUCAGGAGCAGGAGAAAACCUUCAUUUCCCUCACUAGCCUUGGAGGAUAUGUGAUAACACAUGCCGGAGGUGGACCACAUAAAUGCAGCAUGUGUGGAAAAGGCUUCCAGUAUCCCAGUUCACUUAGAGUACAUGAACGGACUCACACUGGAGAGAAGCCAUAUCAGUGUAAACAGUGUGGGAAAGCCUUCAGCUGCUUGGCUUCAGUUCGAAGACAUCAAAGAACUCACACUGGAGAGAAACCCUAUAAAUGUAAAGAGUGUGGGAAGGCUUUUAGUUCACUCUCAGGCCUUCAAGGACACAUGAUAAGGCACACUGGAGGUGGACCUUAUAAAUGUAAGGAAUGCGGAAAAGCCUUCAACUCUCCUAGUGCACUUAGAAAACAUGAAAGAACUCACACUGGAGAGAAACCUUAUCCAUGUAAACAUUGUGGCAAAGCCUUCAUUUGUUCAACUUCAGUUCGAAAACAUGAAAGGAGUCACACAGGAGAAAAACCCUAUGAAUGUAAGCAGUGUGGGAAAGCCUACAUUUCUCUCUCAGGCCUUCAAGGACACAUGAUAAGACACACUGGAGUUGGUCCUUAUAAAUGUAAAUUUUGUGGGAAAGCCUUUGGCUUUCCCAGUGCAGUUCUAAGGCAUGAAAGUGCUCAUGUUGUUUAGAGUUCUGUGACUAAAGAGUGGGGGGAAGCCUUCAUUUCUUCUUCAGACAUUUCAGGACAAAUAAUCACAUACACUGGAUGAUACUAUAAAUUAAAUGUAAGGUAUUCAAGAAAACCUUUUCUGUCCUAGUUCACUUUCCUAGUACAGAAAGAAAUUUGCACUGGAGAGAAACCCUGUGUAUGUAAUGAAUGUGGGAUAGCCUCAGACCUUCAAAAGCGUAUUUGGAAUGCAUGCAAGGGCUUAUAUUGGAGAAGAAUUCUUUGAAUAAAAAGCAACGUAAAAUCUUCAGUUUUCCCAGUUCCUUUGAAAACAUGGCAAAAAUUUAUGGUGAAGUCUUUAGUUUUACUUUCUGAUGUAUGUAAGAGCUCAUACUGGAGAGCAACCUUAUGAAGGGAAUAAAUGUGGGAAAGCAUAUUUCUAACUGUCACACUUAUGGAAGAGAGAAACCUGUGUGGAAAAACUUUUAUUCAUUGCACAAACUUCAGCAUAUGAGAGAAUGCAUAAUGGUGAAAUACCUUAUGAAUGCCAGGGUGUUAGAAUCCCUCCAUCCUUCCAGUUCAGUUCAAAGGCAUAUAUAAGUGUUGUAGAAAAGCCUCCAAUUGUCCCACAUUCUGACUAAAAUAUGUAGGAAUACAGAAUGAAUUCAAACUGUUCAAGGUAGUAUUUCAGUGUGAAUCCAAAGCUUGUCUGGUUCUUUGAAAACAAAUUUUUUCCCCUUUAGGUUCUUUACACUGAGAUA